UGCAGCACAGGAGGAAGAAAAGACAAAAUCUGCUCCUGUAACUUAACCACACCAAAAAAGCCAUUACAAGGCAGAGAUCUCAUUACAUCACCAAGCUGACGCUCUUUUCUGCUGAGCAGUGUAUAUAUGGUAGACACACACACACACACACACACACACACUGUUCUCAUGAUGUGCCAAACGCAAAGCAUAAUAAUGCACAGGUCAUUUUUCAGGGAUCACCUCAUUAUGCAGCCUCUUCCAGGCAGUAUAUAGAGAACAGAGGAGUGGUGGAGGUCUUGGAUAUGCAUAAAUUUGACCUUGAAGUCUUCUUAUUUAGUGGUAAAGAUGCUUUUGUCACCAACAUGCUUUCUCAUCUUUCUGGUCGUCUUGAACUUUGUUGACACUGGCCAGGUUCUGAGGAAGAUCAAGAAGAGUGUGCGUAAUCUCCAGCUGCAGAAAGCCAAGCAGCAUCUACUGACGGAGACAGGCAGCAGUCACCAGCCUCUCCAACAUGUAAGGGAGGGCAGGAUUCACCAGCAGCUGAACCACUUCAACCGACAGGAUGUUAGCACCUUCCCUCAGAGGUUCUUUGUGAACGAGGCGUACUGGCAGCGUCCUGAUGGUCCAGUGUUUCUCUUCAUCGGAGGAGAAGGGCCCAUCUUUGAGUUCGAUGUUCUGGCAGGUCACCAUGUUGACAUGGCUGAAGAGCACGGGGCUCUGCUAUUGGCUCUAGAGCACCGUUUCUAUGGUGACAGCAUCAACCCUGAUGGCCUCAAAACGGAGAGCCUGGCAGACCUUAGCAGCCAGCAGGCGGUAGCAGACUUGGCUGUAUUCCAUGACUACAUCAGCCAAAGCUUCAAUCUGAGCCACAGGAACACCUGGAUCAGCUUCGGAGGCUCCUACUCUGGAGCUCUGUCCGCCUGGUUCAGAGGAAAGUUUCCCCAUCUGGUGUAUGGAGCUGUGGCCUCCUCUGCUCCUGUCAAGGCAAAGUUGGACUUCUCGGCCUACAACAAUAUCGUGGGUUUGAGUCUGAUGAAUGAGGCGGUUGGUGGCUCAGUAAAGUGUCUGGCUGCCGUGCGGAAAGCCUUUGCUGCUGUAGAAGCAGCGCUGAUGGGCGGUAAUACCAGCCAGGUGGCCGAGGACUUUGGCUGCUGUCAGAUCGCCAAGGAUCCUGAUGAUCAGAUUGAGCUCAUGCAAAGCUUGGCUGACAUCUUCAUGGGAACGGUGCAGUACAACGAGGAAGGUGUGCUCAUGUCUAUUCAUGAGGUCUGUGAUGUUAUGACCAAUAGGAGUGAGGCAUAUGAGGAAGAGAUGGAGGCUUACAACCGCCUUGUUAAACUCGCACAGAUCUACCUUUCCACCAGUGAGGAACCCUGUCUGGAUGUGUCUUAUGAGAAGACAGUGAAGCAUCUGAUGGACACGUCACUUCAAUCAGGCAGGAAAACAGAGAGACAGUGGAUGUACCAGACCUGCACCGAGUUUGGCUUCUACCAGACUUGUGAGGAUGCCACCUGUCCAUUCUCUGGGAUGGUGACGCUGCAGAGAGAAACUAGGCUCUGUCCUGUGCUGUUUGGCAUUUCCCAGCAUUCCCUGCCUAGACGCAUCGCCUUCACAAACACUUGCUAUGGAGGAGACAACCCACACACACACAGGGUGCUCUACGUCAAUGGUGGAAUAGACCCCUGGCAGGAGCUGUCAGUUGUCCAGGAGAGGACUGAGGAAGCAGAGGAGGCCCAGACUGUCUUCAUUAAGGACACUGCUCAUUGUGCUGACAUGACCAGUAGAAGAAUUACAGACCGCGUCUCACUCAAGAAGGCCAAACAGGAGAUUGAGAAGCAUGUGGCCAGCUGGCUGAAGACGGCUGCCGAGGAGAAGAUGGAGAAAAGAACAGUGUGAUCAGGUGAUUACCUGAUGAGCUCUUAUCACUCCUCACUAAAACUGAUAAGACUCCAUUUCCUCCCUAAGCUCCUCCUGUUUACCACCCCUCACUAUCUGUGUUCGACCAUCUCAUACCACGGCACACUCAACCUGUGAAUGUCUUGUAUCAUUUUUUAGGAUAUCUUGUUAUAUAUGAUUGACGUUUUUGCAUUUACCAAUAUUCUGGGAAAGCUGAAAGAGUUUCCUAUGUGCUGCUAUUUCUUUGCUAUCUGCUUUUCUUUUUUUUUUUUGACCUCCUUAGAUUGGAAGUUUGCAGGGAUUUUUAGGGUUUACACCUUUCGAGUUUAACAGAUUUGUUAGUGUGCU